UACAAGCUUUCUCUAUAUAACUAUCUGGAGCAUCAGAAUAAUCUCAAUAUAUAUACUCAGAAUACUAAGAAUAUAUUUAAUUCUUUUGAAAGCUUUGAGAAAGCUCUUAAAGAAAUCUUUAGCAAUUUCAAUGAAGAAUAUAUUACAGCUCAGCAGCUUAUAAAUCUCAAGCAGAUUAAAUUAGCUUCUGCUUAUACAGUUAGAUUCAAGCAGCUUUUAGCAAGACUUCUGUAA